AUGUUUGAUAUUUUAGAAAGUAUUGAGUAGUACAGCAGGUUAAUUGUUAUUUAUUUAUUGUUACUCAGUCAUUGAAUAUACACGAAACUAAGCUAUUUAACAGUAUUUGUGGUAAAAAUAAGAUAUUAUGAAUACCGGUUUUGGAAAAAUAGUAUGGUGGGGAUUUUCACCUGCUCUGAAUUUUUUAAAUGAAAGUUAUAUAUCAGAUAGAAGUGAAAGAAUGAAAAUGUCUGAUGAAAAGAUGGAGUCACUGCAUAUUUUAGUAGUUGGAGCUGCUGACUCAAGGCAUCUGUUGAAAACAAUUGCUAAAUCUUAUGAACAUACGAAUCUUCCCUUUGAAAUGUAUGUUGUGGAGAACAGCAUCGAGUCUUAUGCCCGACAACUGAUGUUACUUGGAAUAGCCUUUGAACAAGCAAAAAGUCUACAAGAAAAGACUGAAUUGCUUUUGGAAGUAUUUGGAAACACUCUUAUCAGACAAUCAACUUUAAACUACAUACAGAACAAGUCUUCUGAAUUAAUCAGAAUGGUAACAGAUUUUGAAGAGCUUAAACAGAAGAUGCCCUUCAUAAAUCUUGAGGCACUAAAGUACAAGGAACGAGAUAGCUUAGAAUCUGUGUUCAAGUUUUGGCGAAAUCCAGAUAGUACUUUGUUUGAUAUAUCAAAAUAUUGGGACUUGAGAUUACGUCACCUUUUAGGUCCUCGUUUUGACUCAAGAGAUGGUGUGUUUGACUGGGAUUAUAACAUGAAAAUACUGAAUAAAGGUGCAUCAAUAAUCAGUUCAUCGGAGUAUAAGUACUGGAGAAAAACAGGUAUAGCCUUCCAUUUGAGAGAAGGAGAUUACAAUGGGCCUAACAAAACUCUAACUUCGGAGCAUGAAAAUCAGCAGUACAUAAGAAGGGGAUACUGGGGUGAUGUCGUUUCUAGUCCAUACCUUGCCUUUGGCAUUGAGUGUGAAGAUAAAGAAUACCUAAAGAAAUCCAACAACAUUCACUGCAAGACUGCACAGGAUGUAUCAGCAAGGAACGUAACAGCUAUGAUGUAUGAGCUAAAAUAUUCCAGACCAUAUAAGAACUGCACUGAAAACAUUUUUGGAGAAAGAGAGGAAAAUCAUAAGGGUGAUCUUAACAUGUUCCAAAUAUCAUUUCUUCCUGUCAACUUUAUUUCUGAUCUGAAUAAGAAAGCAUGCUAUCAAAAGUUGUUUGAUAUAGUUUACUUUUCUAACAGUAUGGUUCACCACUUCGUUCCAGAAUUCUCAACUCUCUUGAAGCGAAAUGCUGUUGUUUUAGUAGAAACAGCCAAGUUUAUAUUGGACCUGACAUCUGAACAGGAGGCAGAGUACAUAAAGAAAGUUACAAAUAUGGCUGAAGCUGCAGGGUGUGAAUACCUGGAUUGUAUGGCAGUUAGAUGGUCAGCAGCAAUUGAGAAUGAAGCAACUGAAGUAGGAAAAGAAGGAACUGGAGGUAUUCUUUAACUCAACUCUAGACAACUUGGGAGAAGUCAGGAGUUGAGCUGCUACUCAUCUCCUUCAACAUUUUACCCUUGUUCUCUUAAGAGGGAGAUGAUUCAGAAAGCAGGAGAAGCCAUGUUGUUGUUGUGGGAGCUAGAGGUCCAUUCACUUCGAUGAACUUGAUGGUGGGUGGAGUUCUCAGUAAGUCCUCCAGCUCUAUGGUCAGAUUGAUAUUUAAAUCUGAGAUAUCCUCUUGCAGUAUCUUGCAUAGCAUCGCCUGCCUUGCCAGCAUCUUUACAAGCCACUUGCUCCUCUCUCGACUUUGAAGGCAUAGUAGUGACAAACGUUCAAGUGUACUUUACUUCUUUAUCACCUAUAUUUAUUCAACAACAACAAAAAAGAAACACCGGGAAUUAAAUUAAGUUAAACUUGGGGCCUUUUGUCACAAAUUUCUCGAGUGAACAUUUUUUUCUGUGUUUAAAAUAUUUCUGAAGUUUUGAUCUUUAGAAAAAAAUAAUAUAUCAAACUCUGCCUGUUUUUCCUCGCUAUACCUUUAACUGGUGGAGUGUGCUUUUCCUAGCUGACCUUGUACUGUACAGACAGGACAACUACAUCACUAAAAACGUUUUACUCAAUAUCUUAAACUAUAUUGCAAUAGUAUUUUCUUUCUUUUAUUUUAUUCUAUGGAACGUAGACACUUUAAUUGACUUGAACAUUUUGACCUAUGGGAUUCUAUGAAUGUUUGCCAUACAUAAUUAUUUAAGUCUGUAUAUGCAUACAAUAUACAUACAUGGAUUUUGGUUAAUAACAAACUUGAUAGUAAUAGAACAGUUACGACAGUGCAUAUAUCUUUUUACAGACCUUAAUUUUACUUUAGUUUAGUGUUCGCUAUGGUUUGUCACCAUCCAUGGGUGCACAGCACUAACACAAGAGUAAACAAUUCAACACACCAGAAAUUUUUGAGAGGAUAAAAACUGCUGAUCUUUUGUUUCUUACGCCAUCAUAUGGUAGGUGAUCAUAUCAGUCAGUUUAGAGUUUGGGUAAUGCUCUCAGCCAAACCAUUUGGUUCAGGAUGAUAACAUGAUAUGUAUUUUGUACAAUGUUGUAAACAGUUGUGUGUUGAAACUUGCUACUUGAUGGAUUUUCUCUUAUGCUUUGAAAUGAUUUAUCCACUGCUUACUUAAUUUGUUAGCAACUAUUUCUGCCAAUGUAUUAGUCAGUGCAUAUGCUUUAGGCCAUGUAACGAAGUAAUUGAUUAUCACCAGGAUGCUAGUUUUGCUGUGGCCACUUUUGAGGAGAAGCCCUGCAAUAAUAAGGGCUAUCCUUUGGAAUGGAACAUCUAUAAUUGUAUCCCAUGGUUGUUUCUAUGAACUUCACAAGCAGUGAAGUGUUUACCCCACUGACCUAGAUCUUUGUAGGAAUGUGGUCAUGAAACUUUUCUUAUAGUUUGAGACAAUCCACCACACUUUCUGAUCAACAUAUCAUGCAGUGUUCUAGCUGUACCACAGGUGGAACCAUGCAUUCGAUUAAGGUCAAGCAAUUGCCAGAGUUUACAAUACUUUAUUCACUGAUCAGUGAUGGUUAUGCUUCAUCUAGCUGUAUGGCACAUAGUACCCAAACUAGAUGUGAAUCUUUUAACUUCUCAUCUUGCAGUUUCUUCUAUUUCCAUGGUUUGUCAUCAUGACUUGAAGUCUAGGUCUCACAGCAGCAUUAUAUCCUGGAUUUGGACACUCUACAAAUGGAAAAGUUCUGACCUGCAAGUGAGAAAGUGCAUUUGUAUUUCCAUGUUACUAUCUUGGUUUGUGCUUUACAGUAAAAUCCUACUCCUACAACAUUGUGAUCUAACAUAUGAUUAUACCCUCCAGUUCUUUAUCAUUCAUUAGCCAUUUCAAUGACAUAUGUAAAUUCUAGACAUUAGUUCUUUUUUUUUAACUAUACAGUAAUAGCCUUUAGUACACAAUAUAUUUAACUAAUGUAUGUUAUAUCAUGCUUUACGUAAUCUUGCACCUAACGAUACCACUGCUUGGAUUCCACCGUCACCAACAUCCAUUUCUGAAAUGAUUGUAAGGUUUCUCCUUGAAUAAGACAACACAGGUUCAUCAACAAAAUUACAUUUUAGUGACUGGAAUUACCUUGCACGCGUCUCAAUUUCCCUAUAAUGCAACAUGAAUUUAGUUGAAAAGAGUACUGCUGUUGUAGAAAAGUUAGAAAAGCUUAGAAAACUUUGUACUUCUUUCUCAUUUGUUGGUUUUGACCAUUAUACUACUCACACUCUGUCUAUAGAUAAUCCAUCCUUAUUGAGCUCAGUAUAUGCUCAAGAAACUCUUACACAUUUUAACAUGAUAGAACAUUUCUCUAGCCUCACUUUCAAACAUGCUUGUUGUAAACUACCAUGUCCAGGUUUUCAACUUACAUGAAAUGUAUGGCAAACAUCUAAAUAUUGCUAACAUGUAUAAAACCUGUUCUCAUUGCAAUCCACAUAAUGUGAGCUUCAUUACUCUUUCAAAAUUAGCUUUUGUAUUACAAGAGGGCAAAUGACCAGGUACAAAACUCAGACAAUCUUUCUUAAGUGCUCAAACAGUCAUAGAUCAGCUUUUAUUGUCUAGAUACCAGAAGAGAGAAUUAAUGAGCUAACCAGUGUGAUCUUUUUAAUGCAACAAGAUAUUCAUGGUAAUCAAAUUAGCACAAGUUACUGCAUUCACUCAAUUGGAGUCCACACAGAAUCUUGAGGUACCCCACUUUCUAAUUAUCACUACUGGUAACAACCAAGGACUCUCUGAAGGUUGAAUGAUUCCAUUUUUCAGCAUCCAUUAUCAGCUAUAUCCAUGAAGCUUACAUGGUGAUCGAUUUAUGUGAUAUUAUUUGUUCUUCCCAGCUAGCUGUCUGAACUGACAAAGAAAUUAAUGAAUUCCAUCACUAACUUUUUUUCUGAUGCUGCUCUAAAAUGAAAUUAUCUGCACAGUCUUAGACCAGAUUUACAAGCAACUGAAAUAACCAGGUGUGUAAAAAUUUACUAACUGGUUACCUAGGGCUUCCAAAUUUUGCAUUUUGAUCUGCUGUGGAUUUCAUACGUUAUAGCCUAUGGCUAGUGUGCUUCUGCUUGUAUGAAAUGUUAUAUCCAAGUAAGAUCAGUAAUUUGUUUGUCAAUGAUAGCCUAAUCCACUGUAAGCCUGAUGUGCAAACAAAUAUGAGUGACCCAAUUACCAAUUUAUAAAUGAAAAUGUCCAAUUAUUUAGGAAUUGGAAUAGUUAUUUUUUACUGAUACAGCUUUGUCUAGUCAAAAUGACUCGAACAGCCCACUCUGAACUCCACAAAUUUUUUCGUAGCUGCAAUUUCAAAUUUCCAUGUUCUUGUUUUUAGUCGUUAUAUAUGUAUACUGGACAACUCGUCAAGAGAUUUUAUAUUUUUAUAUAUUCUGAAUUAAAUCUUUUUUUAGUUUGUCAGGAGUAUCAAUCUAACACCUACGUAGACUGGUUUACCUACCCAUAGAAUUUACUUCUACACCAAAUAUUCUGUAGUAAAUGACAUUAUUAUUUUAAUACUGUGGAAGAAGUCAUUGCAAUGACUAUAGAUAUGUAUAUAUUUGUAAUGUAAUAAUGGUUGGAGAUGGCUUGA